CCCCGCCCCAGUCGCCUUCUCCCGGAGCAGAAGCUUUUCCGCCUGGGCAUCUGCACUCCCUGAUGGCACACUUUGUGUCCGCUGACGAGCUGAGUUCGCUUUCGGUUUCGACUGAUGCAGUGUCGCAUGUGGUGAUCUUGGUUUUGCUUUGUCUGCCCAGAGUUGCGAUUACAGUCCUGGUAGGGAGGUAUUUUGGUCGGAUAGCGGUGCAAGCAACCAUUUUGUGAGUAACAGCUCCAAAAUGUACAACAUCUCGCCUGUUCCCCCCGGCAAAGAAUACAUCAGAGUAGCCAAUGGUGCUCAUUUGCGCGUGGAGUGUGUCGGUAGUGUCAAUCUGACAUUCCAUAUGGCAGGAGGCCGCUCGGAAGAAGUGGAUUUUUGUGUCCAAUUGACAGACGUGUACGUAGUGCCACGAAUUUCGUUCAACUUGUUCUCCUAAACGCAGAAAAAGCACAGGAUAAUUUUGGAUGAGAGGGGUGUGCACCUUUUCGGCGGUCGGCUUAGUUUCGCAUAUUCGGAUAUCGGAUGCUCUCUAUCGGCCACCCGCUUGCCCCCCUCGUACCGCGACGGUGAUGUAAUCCCCUCUACCGUUGUCCCUCCCCCCGUUGUCCGCCAAGCGUCUCCGCCUGGCGUUGGCACUGGCCUUUUCGCCCAAAACCCCCCUCCCCCUUCUCAGAUUUCAGGAUCGGGUGCAGGGUACGGUCCGAGUUCCAGCUUCCCGUCCACCGGUCCCGCCGGUGUUGUACUUUCGACUACGAGCUUCCCGUCCAUCGGUACUGCCGGUGUUGUACCUU